AUGUUCAUCGAGGCUCUCAAUUCAGCGGCAGCCGUUCCUCACGUGGACUUGACUAACAUACUGAAGCGACAUUCUCUGUUCUAUCCGGUACUGCGCAAGCUAUUCUUCGACUCAGCUAUUAGAGCUGCGGUGGUAUCCAUCGGUGAAUCAUCGGACGUCAGGGAUGAAUUCCUGAUUCCAGAACACGAGGUAUCCAGAAUCGGCAUGAGCGAAAGCAUGUCCCUAUGGGAAAGACAGGAAUUGCUCUAUCUUGGUGCCGACACCGGUUAUUAUCUGGAUUAUCGCAAAUGGGAUGUCAUGGUCAAGCUUCUCAAUAGAGCUAUAGCAUCGAGCGAGGUCAUUUCGCGCCGAGGUUCGAGCGCUGUCCUAGGCUUGGGCCCUGAUCUUGUCAUAAAAGUUUUCGAAAUCUCCAGCAUUGAGGAAAUGAAGAAAAUUAAGACCAUGCGGCUCAUCAAGAAUCGUCUUCCGGGGUUUCCAAUUCCAGAAUUACGCGGCUGUUUUCGCAAGCAAUGCAGUGAUCGCAUCUUUCUUCUCAUGUCCCGCGUUUCCGGCCGACCUUUGGACUCUGUAUGGGAAUCCCUGAACGAGACACAGAAAGCUUCAAUUCACAACCAGUUGAUCUCUAUCCUGCAUGAUAUCAGAUCCAUUCCCCACCCGGAACACGGUAGGCAUCAUGCAGUGCUUUGCAGAGGCGACCCUUGUCGCUGCGAAAAUGCGAGAGGCAGUAUGCAUUAUCUUCUUCCUUUCCUCGCGGCGGCUCCUCCGAAUCGUGAUCUUGUCAAGGUCUAUAUGCUGAUGAAAUUCGCCUUGACACAGACUACGGGCAACCUUGAUCCUCGAAAAGUCAUGAUUGACCUGUCAGGCCCCGAGGUGACAGUUACAGCCAUCCUGGACUGGGACAUGUACGAAUUGUUGGUCACAUACUGGGAAUACGUAGAUGUCAUAAAGACUCGUUUCCCAGAAGCCGAUUGCGGUGACUGUCGACUGUACCUGCUGCGAGGUAUCGAUGAUCCUGGAGAAGAGAUGAUGCUGACCUAG